AUGAAAAACCACAAGGUGAAACUAUUGGAUGAAAGAGGCGAUAACGAACUGACAGCAAAUCACCAGCCUGAACGCGCGGGACUAGGCAAAGUGGCAGCAUUUUUCGGAUUGGGAAGUUUAAUCAACACUACGUUCUCCUUGGUUACAGCUGCUACUCAAGAUAUUUUGGCGGAAACGUACUUUCCAACUUCUACGGUUCUUAUUGCAGACACUCUACCGGCCUUCCUUGUCUCUCUGAUUGUGCCAUACUUUAUGCAGCGCAUCCCAUAUGUUGGCCGCAUUGCUCUUGUCUAUCUGCUAAAUGUCAGCGCACUCAUCAUGCUUGCACUCGUAAAACAACUUUAUUGGAAACUCAUUGGAGUAGUGAUGAUUUCAUUUGCAGCUAGCGCUUGCGAAGUGACGGUACUGUCUUUGACUUCGUUUCAUGGCGAGUUAACACUGACCGCGUUUUCAGCAGGAACAGGAGUAGGAUUUGCAGUAGGACCCCUAUAUUAUACAGCGAUGACUAGGUGGGCCUGCAUUUCACCAAAAGCCACCUAUUGUAUUAUGGCAGCCAUGAUGGUUCUGAUCUUCGUUUGUUAUUACGCCACUGGAAAUUCAGAGUCAAAGCCACCUACUUGUUUAACUGCUGAGCAUGUUGGAAUGCGCUUCUUAGCUUUAAAUACUGAUGAUUAUGACGAAAUAGGCGAAGAUACCUCUCUUUCUAGGCGCCAAAAGUUCACGGUCAUUCGUCAGAUGCUACCUCAAAUGAUACCAAUUUUUUUUACAUUUUUCGCACAAUAUUUCAUCAUUCAAGCCGUCGUCACGACCCUGGCAUUUCCCAGCUGCCCUUUCAGCCCAAGUGACCAUUAUGAGUAUUACAUCCUUGUAUUCGUGGUAGGGGAGGUGGUGGGGAGGUCGUAUGUUGGAGUGCUGUCCUGCAUAAAAGAAGACUGGGGAGACAAGGCUAAAUUUCCUUACCCUUGGAUUAUGUGUCUGGUUCAAAUCAUGGAUCUUCUGUUUUUGGUGCUAGCAGCCUGGUACCGUUUUCUAUCGAGUGUCUGGAUUGUUUUGCUCCUUGUGUUUACCUCAGGAGUGGUUGUUGGUGCCUUUUAUGUCAACACCGUAAUAUUUUUCAGAAAUUGUUUCCAGGAAAGGUACAGAGAGUUUGCCAUGGGAUAUAUCAUUGUAAGCUUGCAUGCAGGGGUACUGACAGCCGCCAUGUUGGGCCUGUACAUCGAGCCCUUGUUACGUGAACACUGCAUGACCCUCGUGGAUAACGCAGACUUUUGUUUUACGAGAUCACAGUCUUAA